AUGUCUGCCAAACGAUCCCUUUCAGAUCACAAUCGGCUGUCUGGCCCAAACCUGCGUCUGUCUGUUACAAGUUUGGCGACGGAGAUGGGAUCUCCGAGGAUACAUUCCGGGGAUUACAGCGACGACACAAGUGCCAACCCGCCGACUAUCAGGACUCGUCUACCGCAAAUCACAUUCACGGCUGCGCCGUCAGUACAGUUGGAACCGCCACCGCGAUUUGAAGCGGGAACCAAUUUGACACUAUGGCAGAUGAAGAUGCAAAGAUUCCUGCGUCGAGUGCCGACAGAAGAACACAGCCUGUGUAUUCUGGAUCUUUUAAGUGACCAGGUACAAGAAUUACUGAUCAACGAGAACGUGGACGAGGAAUCCCCCCAGAGUCAGGUCAACCAUCCCUCCCUCCGACAUCAAUACUGGCGAAGAGACCAAAAACCAGGGGAGUCGGCGAAACAGUACGCAGACGAGCUUGGAAUAUUGGUCAGCCGAGGGUUUCCUGAGAAGUCCAAGGAGGUCCAACGGGAGGUUGCUCUUGAGCGGUUUCGAGACGGACCGUUAAAUCCCGUCGCCAAGCGCGAGCUCCAAGGCCGAGCCCCCACCACUCUGGGAGAAGCGGUUCGUAGAGUGGAGACAUUUGACAUUCAGAGCCUGGUCAGAAACGAGGCGCAAAGACGGUCAGAAGAGCCAAAACAAGCGAGCAGCUCGCAGGUCAACGGCCCCAGAUCCGAAGCACGAGUCCCCUGGCGCACCAAACCCCAGAGAAACGGUGGAGCGGCCCGCAGGUGGCAACAGCAGGAAUCAAUUGAGUCCCCAUUGUGUUCUGUUUCUUUGCCGAUUAUACGUGGACCAAUGGAAUCACAGUGUUUUCCCCUACUUCUUACUGUUGGUCUCAAAGGUGAGUAUGUUAGUGCUUUGGUCGACACAGGAGCCACUUGUAGUCUUAUCGACGUAGAUCAGUGUCAGAUUCGUGAGUCAAGCCGAGAUGGCUCUCGAGUGAAAGCCGUCAACGGGGCCCCUCUCCAAACCUGGGGCUGUCUGGACGUCGAAUUUCAGAUGACGGGGACCAAAGUCAAGCACCCCAUGGUGGUCGCCUCGAAUCUGCCAUGGAAGAUGAUAUUGGGAAUCGAUUUUCUGCGCCAUUUUGAAAUAUGCCUCGACCUGUGUAAGAACAUUCUAACCUUCGACGGGAAAGUAAUUCACAUGGGAUCAGGCGAAGCAAGCGAGGAGGAUUGGGCACUUUAA